AUGAAACUCUCUAAAUGGCGGAGUGACACAAUUAUUUGCGAGACUAUGUCUGUCCUCCAGUCACAUAUAAUGCGGCUUCGAGCUACGUUGGCAUCAUCUUCUAAUCGCACAACGUAUAUAGACCCCUAUUCCGAAACCCAGGCCUUCUUCUGGAUCCAGAUGCUGCAUGCAGCGCUAGAAUCUAUCCCCAUUAACUCAGGACUAGACAUCACCAACCUCCGCUUCAAAAGUAUCUCUAUCCUCUUCCCCUCACUCUUUGAAACUGACGACAUAUGGAGACGAUACUAUACAGAGAAGCUGUGGACUAGCCUCAAAGCGCGUGCACGCACCACACUUCCAGACUUAAAGUCACUACGAACAGCGCUACAGACACCUGAGCAAUGGCUGAUUCAGCGGGCUGUGGCUUCGGUAUUAUACGAGAAAUAUCCAUGUGCUGCGAGCGACGCGUCAUUGUCGUACUGCUCCAGUGACCCAAGUGCGGAAGAGCUACUGCUGGAAGUGCGCUGGGCAGUGAAAGAAGCCCGCAAUAGCAGCUUCAACAAUUCCAUGAUCCCAGCUACACAUGCGAUGCUAGUAUACCGCAUCUUUAACUAUCUGUUAGACGCUGAAAUCCUGCCUGAGGGCGAUAGAAGUGACAGCCGGAGAACCGCAUCCCUCUCUACCGCAUCAUGGGAUGCUACUUCGUUCCUUCACCAGCAAGGCCGACCUCAUGAAACCAAGCAGAGAUAUACGGCUGCCGUCUUCUGGUCCCGCAUGGUUUUGCACGCGUUCAUCGAGACCGACAAGGUCUCUUCGUUCCACGCCAAAUUUGCGAGUUGGAGGCUAAGCUCUCCUUCUCAUCAGGUGAGGAGACAACCGGAGCCGACGAUGCGAGUGCGAUUCUUCGAGCAGUUUCUUUUGGAGAAUCCAGAACUGUGCUGGGAGGGGUUGUGGAUAGUGUAUUAUUCCGAUGAGUUGUGGAGGAGUGAGGAUGCGAGGAUCAUGUAUGUGAUACCAGACCGAGGGGAGAUUCCUGCGUAUCUUCGGGUAGGGGAAGAGGGGAGAGGGGAGGCGGAGGAGGAGGAGGAGGUGGUGGUGGUAGAGACGGGAAAAGGAGAGGGAGUGGAAGUGGAAGGGGAUGAUGGUGGGUUUGGGGAAGGGUGGGAGAUGGUGGAUGGAUAG